CUCUCAUUCGUUCAGCCAAUUCUGCUUGAAGCACCUGGCACCACUCUCUUUAUCGUAUUUUGAAUUCAUUCUUUUGAAACUAAGCUCACCAUGAAGUCUUUCCUCUUCCUCUUGGUCGCCUCGCUGGCUGCUGCGGCGCCGCUCAUUGAGGAGCGGGCCACCGCCAGCAUCAACAAGCUGUUCGUCGCCAAGGGCAAAAAAUACUAUGGCACUAUUUCCGACCCUAGCCUCCUCAAUGUUGCGAAGAACGCCGCAGUCAUCAAGACCUACUUUGGGCAGCUCACCCCGGAAAACAGCAUGAAGUGGGAUGCCACCGAGGGAACCCGCGGCAAGUUCACCUUUACCAACUCUGAUGCCGUAGUUUCGUUUGCCCAGAGCAAUGGCAAGCUUAUGAGAGGACACACCCUCCUCUGGCACUCUCAGCUCCCCAGCUGGGUGUCGGCCAUUACAGACGCUGCUGAGCUCCGAUCUGUCAUCACCAACCACGUCACCACCGUUGUCAAGCACUUCAAGGGCAAGAUCUACGCCUGGGAUGUUGUCAACGAAAUCUUCAACGAGGACGGAUCUCUCCGGGACUCUGUCUUCUCGCGGGUCUUGGGUGAAGAAUUUGUCUCCAUCGCUUUCAAGGCUGCCCGCGCCGCUGAUCCUGCUGCCAAGCUCUAUAUCAACGACUACAACUUGGACAGCGCGAGCUACGCCAAGGUCUCCAAGGGUAUGGUCCCCAAGGUCAAGAAGUGGAUUGCUGCUGGCGUCCCCAUCGACGGCAUUGGCUCGCAGUCACACCUGAGCGCUGGCGGCUCCAGCGGCACCAAGGGUGCUCUGCAGGCUCUUGCUGCUUCCGGUGUUUCUGAGGUUGCCGUCACUGAACUUGACAUCGCUGGAGCUCCUUCGGCAGACUACGUUGCUGUUACGAACGCUUGCCUUGCGGUUCCCAAGUGUGUUGGAAUUACCGUCUGGGGCGUCCGCGACGCUGAUUCUUGGAGGACUGGAAAGACCCCUCUUCUCUUCAACGACAGCUACCAGCCCAAGGCCGCAUACAACGCCAUUGUCACAGCGCUGUCAAAGUAGAGCACUGGUUGGAUGUUGAUGCGUGUGUUUCAUGGUCUAGUGACAGUUGUGUGAGAUUUAUUCUGGUAUAUAGUGAAUUAGGCCGGUACCUAUCAAGAGAG